CUUGAUUUCAGGCAGAGAGAUGACAGAUGCUUCCAGAGUGCUCAAGAGAUUCCAGGAUGACUCCAGCUGUGGUCUUGGUACUUUUGGCUGUUUUAGGAACGACAUGCAGUGCACAUGCUACUAAUAUUGCUAUAAGUGGGAAAGUUGAGCAGUCUUCCUUGUAUGGGAAAGGCGUCCCUGAAAGGGCCAUUGAUGGAAAUCGUGCAAGCAAGUGGGGAGAUGGCUCCUGCACCCACACAAAUGAUGAUUUAAGUCCCUGGUGGAGACUGGACCUCCAAACGCAGUACAAGAUCACCAGUGUCACCAUCACCAACAGAAGAGAUUGUUGCCACGAUAGGAUCAAUGGUGCUGAGAUCCGCAUUGGAGAUUCACUUGAUGACAAUGGAAAAAAUAAUCCCAUAUGUGCCAAGAUCUCCUCCAUAGCAGCUGGGGCCUCUAAAACCUUUCAGUGCAAUGACAUGGAAGGCCGUUAUGUCACCAUUGUGAUUCCAAACAAAAAACAGUACCUGACUCUGUGUGAAGUUGAAGUUACUGGUGAAACCACAGGAAAGACCCGUGCCAUUGCUACUAAUAUUGCUAUAAGUGGGAAAGUUGAGCAGUCUUCCUUGUAUGGGAAAGGCGUCCCUGAAAGGGCCAUUGAUGGAAAUCGUGCAAGCAAGUGGGGAGAUGGCUCCUGCACCCACACAAAUGAUGAUUUAAGUCCCUGGUGGAGACUGGACCUCCAAACGCAGUACAAGAUCACCAGUGUCACCAUCACCAACAGAAGAGAUUGUUGCCACGAUAGGAUCAAUGGUGCUGAGAUCCGCAUUGGAGAUUCACUUGAUGACAAUGGAAAAAAUAAUCCCAUAUGUGCCAAGAUCUCCUCCAUAGCAGCUGGGGCCUCUAAAACCUUUCAGUGUAAUGACAUGGAAGGCCGUUAUGUCACCAUUGUGAUUCCAAACAAAAAACAGUACCUGACUCUGUGUGAAGUUGAAGUUACUGGUGAAACCACAGGAAAGACCCGUGCCAUUGCUACUAAUAUUGCUAUAAGUGGGAAAGUUGAGCAGUCUUCCUUGUAUGGGAAAGGCGUCCCUGAAAGGGCCAUUGAUGGAAAUCGUGCAAGCAAGUGGGGAGAUGGCUCCUGCACCCACACAAAUGAUGAUUUAAGUCCCUGGUGGAGACUGGACCUCCAAACGCAGUACAAGAUCACCAGUGUCACCAUCACCAACAGAAGAGAUUGUUGCCACGAUAGGAUCAAUGGUGCUGAGAUCCGCAUUGGAGAUUCACUUGAUGACAAUGGAAAAAAUAAUCCCAUAUGUGCCAAGAUCUCCUCCAUAGCAGCUGGGGCCUCUAAAACCUUUCAGUGUAAUGACAUGGAAGGCCGUUAUGUCACCAUUGUGAUUCCAAACAAAAAACAGUACCUGACUCUGUGUGAAGUUGAAGUUACUGGUGAAACCACAGGAAAGACCCGUGCCAUUGCUACUAAUAUUGCUAUAAGUGGGAAAGUUGAGCAGUCUUCCUUGUAUGGGAAAGGCGUCCCUGAAAGGGCCAUUGAUGGAAAUCGUGCAAGCAAGUGGGGAGAUGGCUCCUGCACCCACACAAAUGAUGAUUUAAGUCCCUGGUGGAGACUGGACCUCCAAACGCAGUACAAGAUCACCAGUGUCACCAUCACCAACAGAAGAGAUUGUUGCCACGAUAGGAUCAAUGGUGCUGAGAUCCGCAUUGGAGAUUCACUUGAUGACAAUGGAAAAAAUAAUCCCAUAUGUGCCAAGAUCUCCUCCAUAGCAGCUGGGGCCUCUAAAACCUUUCAGUGCAAUGACAUGGAAGGCCGUUAUGUCACCAUUGUGAUUCCAAACAAAAAACAGUACCUGACUCUGUGUGAAGUGGAAGUGACUGGAAUUGAAACAGAAGAAGAAUCAGAAGAAUAUGUCUGCAACUGAGUUUCAAACAAUUUUUGAUAUUUUUUGGGCUCCAGACUACUUGAUUUUGAAUUCAAAUACAAGCAACUUAUUGCUUAUUUCCUUUAAUACAUUUCCUCAAUCGUUGGUCAAUGACUAUUCAUUUCAACUUCAAUUGACAUUAGUCUAACACAUUUCUUGUAAGAUUUUCUUUUGCUGUAUAAUUGGAAAAAAUAAAGAGAACUUUCACCGCACAA